AAAAAAAGUUGGUUCAAAUUUAAAAAAAACACAGGAGUAACAAAGGACACGUCAAGGCGUGUGAACAUCACACUGACAAUGAUCAGCGAAAACCAUCGGCGGCAGAGACACGCGGCCUUCGUGCCGUUCCCGCGCUCCACCUGGAUUCAUCCGCACGUGCCGUGCGACGACUUUGACCGUGUUUGCAAAGUCAUCUGGGCGAGAGCAAAGAAGUGCGAGGCGAGGCUCGGCAGAGGUUACGGUGCUGCUGGCAACAAGCGGACGCACCGGGCCGAUGAGCAGCAGAGACAUACAAACGACUGGAGUGAGAACGCGCAGUGCGAGGAGGGGGUGCAGCAACGCUACUGCACCGAGUUCACCCUUCCCUGCCCUCAAGGCUCAGGCCGCGGGCGUCCCUGCGUUGCCAGGUCUGCACGGGCAACGAGUCCAGCGAUGGAGGAAAAGAUGAAGCUCAGUAAGGAAGAGACAGAGGGGAAAGGAGAUCUGGACAAAGGUGAACAACAGAACGGGAAGAUUUGGGUUCAUGAAUCCAGAAGCCAGUCAAUCAAUCAUUAUGACCCAUCUGGUGAAAGGUACCAGAGCGUGGACGAACACAAUCAGAGUGACUUUCCUCCGCUGUCCACCGCGGGGCGUGGACUUCUACCACACCCCACCGGGCCCCCGGCCUCAGGGAAGCUGCACGGCCAGUGGGAGAUUCCCCUUCCAAUCCGCCCACACAACCCCCCCGCUGACACGCUGGCUAGCGCUCCGGCGUCCGUCCAAGGCGGAGCAGAAGCACCUCGGGCAGCUUCCAAAACCUUCGCACCACCGGCAGCCCGGACGCAGCGGGGACCAUAUGACCUGCUGGCUGACUUCCCAGCUCUGCAGCCCCCGACGAGACCUUUAGCGCUGGGCGAGCGGCACGGUGGGAAUCCCAAAAGCAGAGACGCUGUGGGGGAAAGAGAGAUUAUUCAACGACCAAAUGAUGGCCAGGAGGCCAAGGCUGUUGCAGGUGCAGAUGGCGCAGGCGUUAAUGCCAGGUCCUGGGCCUGCGCUGCCAAAGCAGGCAUGAAGCAAGCAGCUGCCCCUCAGGAGAGAGCCAGACCUUGUAGCUUUCAGCAGCUAGUUACCAUUAACAGAGCCAAAGCUGUCAAUCAGAGCGCCACCAACAAAGGGGCUCCGUCGUUCAUCGGCUGUCAGGCUCCGGCUCGGGGAGUCGGUCCUCUGGAGGCCGGUUCAUGUCGUGACCCCAACCGGUUCGUCAGACUUGUUUACCCUCCAUCCCAGCAGCUCUCACUACGACAGUGCUUCUCCAGGCGGCGACGGCUCCUUCCUGUCAGCCUCUCACUGAGCCAUAGAAAAACCAACGAAGAAGAAUUAAAACCUUUCUGAAACAUUUCAAAACACAGCUGCUGCUAAACCGUCUAUCACAUACAGUAUUUGUACUUGUAGCGUGUCCUUGGAAGUUAUUAGAACUGCGCUGCAUGUGUUUGUUAAGUCGUCUGCGCCCGGCGGAUGUGUCGAUUCGGCUGUGAAUUGCAUAUCGGUUUAUUUUGUCGGUUUAUUAUGUCGUCCAAUAAAAAAAGAUUUUAACAGCUACGGCUAAUUUCCUGAAAGCAAACACUUUGUGGGUU